AUGAUUGACUUGGUUAUCACUCCUAUUAUUCUCUUUAUAGUAUUUGUAACUCUUUUAGCCUUUUUCCCUAUACUUACACUGUGUCCAAAGAAGGUAUUACCUCCUCCACAAAUUGUAACAUCCCCACAACCUGUUUCAGUAUCACCCAGUACACCCCAAAUUGUCCCUUCAACUGUCGUUGAAGAAGUUCAGAUAAACAUACCACAUGAAUCACAUCUCCCGAUAUCUAUUGGAAUUGACUGGGGGUAUGACACAAUAGUCGUUUCGACCAAAACGCAAUAUUACUUUGAGCCUUUAAAACUCCCCAAUUACCCCGAAGAGUUGCCGAAUGUCAUUACCAUUGACAAGGGAGAGGUCUUUCCAUUUUUAAAAGUUUUGGGGCACAACGAUAGUAAAAUGUAUCAACACAUCUACUGUGGGUGUGAGAAUGAAUCAUAUGACUUUGACAAUCGCAUGUAUGGCCCUUUAACAUGCCAAACAGUCGUUUCCAUCAUGUUGAAUUUCAUUAAAGAACACACUAAAUGCCAAGUCGCUGCUAUAGCCGUCCGGCCGUAUCCAGAAAAUGUCGCCUUUGCUCAAUUACUCAUCCGGGCAGGAAAUGAUGUUGGCAUUCGAGUUGUAAUAGUCCCAAUGUAUGUCGGGCCACUCACUGAAAUCCUUUUCACUCAAAACAACACCACAGAAAGAUACAUUGGGAUAUUAGACGUGGGUAUUCACACUACGGACUUCUGCGUCUUCUCAAAUUGUAAUAAUGAGACAAAGAUACUUGCAAUAGAGUCAACUUCUAUAGGAAAUGCUCACCUGACAUCUCUUAUUAAAAGCUUAAUUCAACAAAAAGUGGCUGAGUGUGAUAAAAAUGGAAAUUUUGAUAUUACUGAUGACUUUGUUCUAAAAGUGAAGAAGGGCUUCUGUCAAGAGGUAACGACGUAUAAAAGUACUUUUGAGACACUUGAUGAAUCGUACGAAGUCGAAAUCAGUUACGAAGAGUAUUUCAAUGCAAUUUCAAAUGAAGUGAAGGCAUUGUGUGGGUUCAUACAAACGACUUUGAAUACCAAUUUGGGGAAUAGACCACUCGACUACUGUGAAAUGGUUGGAUCGGGGUGGAGGCCAUUUCCUGUAUUAAACGAGCUAAAGAAGUGUAUACCCGUGCAAACGCACUUGAACUCAAACAACACUAAUGCGAUAGGCAGUGUUUUAUAUGCCACACUCUUACUUGAUCCUGAGUGGAGACAUAUUGAAAUACUAAAGAACAACAAGGAAGGGAUGAUUGGGGGAAAUGCUUUUGUCGUCGAAUCUCGACAAACAGCCAAUGCCUUUGAGAGUCUUGUCAUUAAAAAGGGAGGGUUUCUCUUCAAUAAUUCUGUUGAUUUAACUAUAAAGGACUUAAAUUACCCCCCUGAAGUGUUUGAAGGAGACUUAAAAGGGUUUCAAGCGUUCAAUGACCAAUACGAAAAAAACUCAAAGAAGUACAGCGAGUUCUUGUGGGGCAAAGCAAAGCUGAAUCUGAACACCAAGAAAAACGUUCUUGGAAAUGACUACGAGCUUUAUAAAGACGAACUUGAGAAUAUCGAAUUUGGCGACAUUGAAAAACUCAAACACUUUGAGACACGCCUGAGCACUUGUAUUGAAGAGAAGAAGAACAUAAAACCCUAA